CCAGCUUACUAUUACACCACAGAAACAAAACACCAAACUCUCUCUUUUUUUCUUUCUAUUCCACAAACUCUCUUCUUAUCUUCAUAUUAUUAUUCCACUUUUUUUUGUUUUUUGUUUUUUGGGUUUUGUUCUUCCCAAUGGCAAAAGCUGCAAAACCAGCUUCAGUCCUUCUGCUUCUUCUAACCCUAAUUAUUGUUGUUGCAGUACAAGGAUUCACCACUGGGGAGGAUGAGCUGCUUUUGGCUAAAGCACUUCCACCUCAAUUCUCUUCUGUCUCAACAAUGGCCAACCAGGGGAAGAAUAAAAUGUUGAGAAAUUCAAGAACAAGAAGGUUGAUGAUUGGUUCAACAGCACCAACAUGUACUUACAAUGAAUGUAGAGGUUGCAAAUACAAGUGUAGAGCUGAGCAAGUACCUGUGGAAGGCAAUGACCCUAUCAAUAGUGCUUACCACUAUAGAUGUGUUUGUCAUAGGUUUCAAUAAAAAGGGAAACAUUGACGGUUAAAGACUGUCGACUAUGUGAAAAAUACGGGGACUACAACAAUUUACACAAAGUGAUGGGGGAAUUACAAAUAACAGAGGUAAAUGAAGUAAAUAUUGAGAAACAAACACAAAAUCAAUUAGAUUGAGGCGCGGGUAUCUCGCUCUCUUUAAGGCGAUUCAAA